AUGGCCCAGGAUGAGUUAGACAUAGACGACGACCUAGGGGCCUCACCCUCAAAGCCUAGGCUCGUACCCCACUCGUCACAAAAGAAUGCACAACCGCGUAACAGGGAGACACCUCAGGAGAAGCAGGAUGCACGAGAAGAAGGGCUGCGGCAAGAACUCCAAACCGUGCGCAAAGUCAACGAGGCGAUCGAAGGAGCCAUUGAGAGUCUAGCCAAAGCACGAAAUAGCAUGAAGACCAUCUCCACCACAGUCCACUCCGCCUCGUCUCUCCUGCAAACCUGGACCGCCAUUCUCUCACAGACCGAGCACAACCAGCGUCUGAUCCUUAACCCGUCCUGGCAUGGAUCCAGCCAAGAUCUCGCUGACUCCGAGCAAGAGACCCUGCUUAAACAGCAGGCUGCGGAGCGGAGAGAGUGUGAAGAGCAGGAGCGUAGAGCGGAGGCAGCGAGAAAGGCCGAGGCUGACGAGAGGAGGAGAGCCGAGAGUGCAGCUGCAAAGUUGCCGAGGAGUGGUGCAAGAGGGAGAGGAAGGGGUGUGGGGAGCCGGGGUAGUGGGGCAGCAGGGGGGAUUUAUCAGACAGCCGAUAAUACGAGCUAUGUGUCUGAAGGUGGACGAGGAAGGGGAAGCGGACGAGGGAUGCCAAGGGGUUCUUCUACAACGUCUCGACGAACAACCAGUGGUAUAGGAAGAGGGGUCGGUUCUAAGCUAGAGGAUGUGAGCUGUGGACUCGAUUCACUAAUUGAACAGAAAGGCCCUUGGUUUCAGACCAGCAGGGCGAAGAAGUCAAUGCAGCUCAGUGCAUCACCCAAAUACACCGAGAAAGAUAUGCUGAAUAAGGCAUAA